CUGUGAGAACAAUCACAACUUGCAACGUACUGUUUGCCAUUCUCUAGUGACCAAGUGCAAUUCUAGUCAUGACCCCCAACGAACGAAGACCUCUGCGCAUGGAUGUCAAAAGCAUGUACCCAAAUUUCCACGCCGAGCAGCACAAACACCACGUUCAGGAGAAUAGUCCCAUGGCAGUACCUCGCAAGCAACGAGAAGGCUCAGGUGGCAGCACAAGACGAGACGCAUACGGAGUUACCAGUCGACCACCAUCGCGCAAUGGGUUAUUGCAGAAGCAGCAUAUUCACGAUAGAGAAGACAUGUCUGCCCAACGAAAUGAAAUGUCCAAACGAGAAAUUCCUCCUAUCGUACCCAAGCGAAGUUCCAACCAGCAGGAAGUAAUGGCGUCGACACCUCCGAGUGAAAACGACAUGGGGGUACGACCCCCAUCCAGACAAGUGGCACUUCGUGGGGAACUAAAUCUGACCUCGCCAGCAUGGGAAGACGAUGCCAGUACAAACAACGUAGGAUUAUCACCUCGACUUCGCCCCUUACCAUUUCCAGCUAGCGCGCGAUCGUUGCUGGAAGCCAGAACAGCAAGAUUAUCCAGUACAAUGGAUGGCGAAUCUCUCCAGGAUCUCGUGAUGAACACCCGUCCUCGUUCACGUUACGCUCGAAAAGAGCUACACCGCCAGGGAUCAGCUAAAACUCUUGCUCGGAUCUCCACAGCACCCUCGACACUACGUGGACACCAGUCUCUCGAUGGCACCUCGGCGCCUACACGGUGCUCAACACCACUAAUCAGUAGUCGCUCAACAGAAAACCUUCUCUCUAGUGAUACAAGCCGUCGACCUCCAAGUCGCAAAGCAGUUCAAAUCGCCGUCAUUAAUACUGUCGAAGCAGUGCUACCUGGACUGGAACUUGAAGACGACACAGACGAUGACGACACGAAUUUUUUCCUAACCGAGUUGGAAGCAGCAGCGAGGGCUGCAAGUGCCGCCGCUGCAGUAAAACUCCGCAUACUGGCAAGGCAUAUCACACUGGGAUCGCUCCUGCUCUACGGAAACCCUCCUGCUAUGGUUCCUGCUAUUCAGCACUUUACAGCAGCAUUGAAAUCCAUCGAGACUACCCAACCGACCCCCACAUCGCCAUCAACUUUGGCCUUAAUAUCGUUGCUUUAUCAUCACCGUGGAGUAGCGUUUCGUGAGCUUGUAGUGUCUUCGACUACACAAACCAGUAAAGCUGCAAAGAUAUGCAUUAAACACGCGUUUGCAGCUCAACGACGUGCGCUUGAGUUGGCCCAGCGAGCCAAAGACACUCGACUACAAGCACGAGCAGUAAAAGAUCUGGGCUUGUUGUUCUUAGAUUCACACGCUUACGGUCCAGCGUUGUCACACCAGCAAGAAGCGCUGCAAAUUGCACUGGAAGAGAAAGAUCGAGAGCUCGAAGCCCGCGUGUAUGCCAACCUGGGCAACUUAGCUCUCGCUCAACUGAACUUUGGUCAUGCAUUGAGCUGCCAUCAUCGUGAUCGCCAGUUAUGCUCGUCUAAAGUCCUGGACUGUCGUCUGGGUCGAGCACGAGCGCAUCGCAACUUGUCGAUUGUGUACGCGAAGCUACAUCGACGCGAUCAGCAACUUAAGCACGAGAAGGAAUGGAGAAUUGCUGCACAUAGUGAAGGUGGCGCCUACCUGUACGACAUCUCGAGCCAUCCAGACAACAGUGUGGGUAAUAUUUGCUUGCAGUCUUCAACGGAUAUCGAUCCAGCAUUGGUAAAUCUUGUCACUCAGAACCUUGCAGAGAUUGUACGAGGACUAAAUGCUCAUCGAAGUCGUGAGUCUACACUGGAUAAUAGUGACGAGGACUCCUUAAUAGCAGCUUUGGAGCAAGAAUGGAGCACCGCGGAGGUGGAUUUAAAGGCUGCGAUAACCGCUGUAUCAUCAGAAGGCCGUAAAGCAACGAGUGUGCGUGAGAUAAAACCUUCUCCAGUCUCUCAAGCUAAAUCUCCAAGGAAAACGGUGUCCUCGCCUCAGGUUUCCAUUCGAAUCAACAAAUACAGCGUUGCGGGUCCAAAAACGACACUAAAAAGAAAAUAAACGUAAAACAAUGCCCAAAAAAAAAAACAACAUAUUCAACAAUAUUUACACCA